CAGAGGACAGGAGAGAGCCUGGGGGGCCGUUGUACUCACAGGGGAUCUUGUUGAGCAGCUGGUCGAUAAAGCCAGGAGCGGCGGUGGUGCUGUUGAACGCGGUGCAGUACCUGUAAUGCCGCCGAUUUAAGAUGGAUGCAGAAAUUGUUGUAAAUACUGACAUUAAGCAGAAAGACUCGAGACAUGCAUUGGUUAUUGCCAUCGAACACUGCGCCUUUUUUGAUCAAAAUGGAGACUGGGAACCAAAAUCGUCUAACACAGCCAGUGAAGUGCUGAGUCAUGGUCCCGCAAUUUCUUUUAUCAAGGCCAUACAGAGAGUCAACCAUAAACUUAUGGAAAAGAAUCCUAAUGAAACGUUUCUUUUUGAUGUAAUUCUCAUAUGUAACAACCAAAUUCCAGAAAACCAAUCAAAAAUAGUCACCAGUGCCAAGCACUAUGGUCUUGAGAUUAGCAGAUUUUGCUUUUGCAAUGAUGCCAGUUUCACCAACAGCAUGCUGUCUAACAAUGUGAAACUCUUCCUGUCAACAAACAGAGAUGAUAUUGUCAAGACCCAGGAAAGAGGUCUCCCAGCUGCACUGCUAUGCAAGCAGGUUGCCCAAGAAGCUGUUGAUCAGCUCAAGUUCCUAUUUAUAGGGGAUAGUCUAGGCAUUCCUGAGGAUUUGAAAGGCGAAAUGUUCAACGUGAACCAGCCUCACAGCCUCCAGAUUACCCAGGCUUCCUUGAAAGAGCUUGUGGCGGUCAUUGGACAAAUGAGAAGCAAGUUUGGGCAAGACGACAGCCCACUCCGCACGUGCCUGGUAACAUUGUGGAGUCCCAGGGAUGUGUGUGUGAGAGCCCUGAAGACCUUCCGUGACUGGGGCAUGGAGGUUGAGGAGGCCUAUUGUUUGGCUGGAACUCCGCCAAGUGCCAUCUUGGCCCAAAUACAGCCUCAUGUUCUCUGCGGUGAUGGCCUUUAUCACAUGCGAGAUGUUGCUGCAUUGUCCUGAAAGUAGGACUGAUUUUUCACAUACACCUUAAUAAUUUUCUCGUGUUACUGUUGACCAUCAGUAUUUUUGUAUUGACUUUUUAGGCUUAUGAUCUUACACACCCUUUGAACUGUAAACACAUUUCAGCAGUCAUGAUAACCAGUCUUAUUUUUAAGCACCAUUUUUGUCUUGAUUUGUAUAGCAAUAUAUAAUUAUUUUGUAUAAAUGUCAAAAUAUUUUGUAAUGUUAAAAUAUUGUUUUUUGUGCAGUUCUAUCAAACAUCUUCCAAUAAUAGCAUGUUCAGUAGUAUUGGCUCUGUAAAAAGACAAGAGAAUUCAAAUGUUUUUAUUCAGGACUGUUUAUAUCACUUGCAUUAAAAGUGGGUUCUACCAUAA